AUGGUCCAUGUUCAGAGAGUUUACUAUCCCCUUCUCGCUGUCAUCGGGAUUCCCUCAAACAUCAUGACCUUCUUCAUCUUCUGGAGAAGGAACUGCAUGAUCUCCAGGUCCAGUACCUUCUAUCUGAUGGCGAUGGCCGUGGCCGAUACAGCUGUGCUGCUGUUUAUCGUGGUUCUGGAGCUGACCAUCAAGUACCACACGCCGGAGCCCUUCUGGUCACAAGAACCUUGGUGCAGUGUGCGAGACAUCUUCAAUUAUGGUGCUAGCAACGCCUCCAUUUGGCUGGUAGUGAUCUUCACAGCAGAACGCUUCUUGGCCAUCAACACCUGGAGCCUGAAGAACAGGCUCUGCACUCCACGAUGUGCACUGUGGGCCAUUGCCACUGUCUUCGUCGUGAGUCACCUUCUGGCGAUUCCGUACUACUGGGCUUACAUGUCCGUUUACAAUGCAGAGCUGCAACGCUGGUUCUGCAUCUAUCGGCCUGAUGCCUCUACCCUGUAUGUCCAUUCCCUGGUGGGUCUCCAGACUCUGCUCUCCCACAUCUUGCCCUUUCUCAUCAUCCUCAUCCUCAACGGGCUCAUCCUGCGUCAGAUCUCCCUCAGUAACCGCGUCCACGCGACCCCGAAGACCGAUUCUUCCCGCGGCCAAAGGGCGACACCUCUGCUGCGUUCGAGGAAGAGGAAGUCCGUGGUUCUCCUGGUGACCGUCUCCAUGAGCUUCGUGUUGCUAUCAGUAAUGCGUUCCGUCACACAGAUCAUUGUGCGUACCAUACAUGUCCCAGACCGUGAUGACUACGGCCUGGCGAUCAACGUGGCGGCCGACCUGGGCACGAUGCUAAGUCUGAGCAACGCGGCUAUAAACAUGUAUCUCUACGCCUGCACGCAGGCCAAAUUUAGACAGGAAGUUAUCAUGUCCCUCAAGCAGGCCUGUUCCCUCUCCAGGGCAUGCUGUGUGCUCCAACCACACCCCGACACAACACCAAGUCAUGUCUGA